GGCCCGCGGCGCCCUAACGCUGAGUCCGGGCGGCCUGGCGGCUCGGCGGGGGCUGCCCCGCGCGGCGGGCGCCAUGCUGGGGUCCCGCGCGGCCGAGGGCGCCGCCGUGGCGCUCCUGCGGCUGCUGCUGCUGCUCCUGCUCCCGGCGCAGCGGGAGCCGGGGCUCGGCGUGCUGCGCCUGGCGGGGGCCGGGCUGCCCGAGAGCGUCGUCUGGGCCGUCAACGCGGGCGGCGAGGCGCACGUGGACGUGCACGGGAUCCACUUCCGCAAGGACCCCCUGGAGGGCCGGGUGGGCCGAGCCUCUGAUUAUGGCAUGAAGCUGCCAAUCCUGCGUUCCAACCCUGAGGAUCAGAUCCUGUAUCAAACAGAGCGGUACAAUGAGGAGACCUUCGGCUACGAAGUGCCCAUCAAGGAGGAGGGGGACUAUGUGCUGGUGCUGAAAUUUGCCGAGGUCUACUUUGCCCAGUCCCAGCAAAAGGUAUUUGAUGUACGAUUGAAUGGCCACGUCGUGGUGAAGGACCUGGAUAUCUUCGACCGUGUUGGGCACAGCACAGCUCAUGAUGAAAUUAUCCCUAUGAGCAUCCGAAAGGGGAAACUGAGUGUCCAGGGGGAAGUGUCCACCUUCACGGGAAAACUCUACAUUGAGUUCGUCAAGGGUUACUAUGACAAUCCCAAAGUCUGUGCGCUCUACAUCAUGGCUGGAACAGUGGAUGAUGUACCAAAGCUGCAGCCUCAUCCUGGAUUGGAGAAGAAAGAAGAGGAGGAGGAGGAAGAAGAAUAUGAUGAAGGGUCAAAUCUUAAAAGACAGCCCAACAAGAACCGUGUGCAGUCAGGCCCUCGCACACCCAACCCCUAUGCCUCGGACAACAGCAGCCUCAUGUUUCCCAUCUUGGUGGCCUUUGGAGUCUUCAUUCCAACCCUCUUCUGCCUCUGCCGGUUGUGAGAACAGAUUGCCAUCCCAAAUAGGGUGCGGGGUAUGGGAGAGAAACCAAACGUGCUGAAAUUGGUUUCUGUAUUUUUCAGAGUGAUUAACAAAGCAGACAAACAACACACACACACAUGAAUUAAAGGAGACAAAAAGAGGCAGAGCAGAGAGUAACCUUCAUCUACCACCUGGUCCCAGACCUGCAUCAGUCCUAAUCCUCUCUUUGUGACUUGCUCCCAACCGUCUCUUUCUUCUCUAGGGUACUUGGGGCAAACUGGUUCCUACCUGUUCAAGGAUUCUCAUCUGUGUACCUAGUGGAAAGUACUCUUAACUCAGAGCAGACACAGUUCCUUUUUUUGAGGUUAGAAAUUAACAGCAGGAAAAUGUCAUUAUCUAGAGGACCACUGCUGAGAAUUGGGUAUGUUCUGAAGUUAUGUUCAGAUAAAUUUUCAUAUGUCCUGGGAUCGAGUGUGUGUGUAAAUAUAUGAUUUGUAUGAUAAAGACAAAAACGGAAGAGGAGUUUUAGAAAAGGAAAGGAAAAUAGAUACUUUCUUACUUGGAAGCCUUUCUGGUUUUUGUCCAGUGUUGAUUCCAUCUUCAAUGUUUGAGCUUUGGCAUUGCUUGUCUCCCUGACAUGUGGCAGUUAGAGGACUGUCUGGUAUCCAAGACGAUUAGCUUAUGUCAGAUCUUCAGGUUGCCUCUGACUUGUUACCGCAACAAAUCAUUUUGAUUUCAGUGCCUGUUGGGGACUUGAUUUCCUCUCAUUUAAUCUGACUCGUUUGAAAUCUCUCUUCUCCUCUCCACCGUUCUUCUAAGUUAUUGCCAAGAAGGAAAGGAGACCGUGGGGAUUUUGCGUUUCCUCUGCUUGAAUGUCUUCUCUACCACUUCACGUUGUUGGUACUCCCUCCCUGGAUCUCUGAGCCAGCCACCAGGAGGAUACGCCCCUGCAGUUCUUCUACUGGCCCCUUUGUAGGGUCUCACUGCCAGGGGACAGUGACGCUUCCCAGCCUGCAGGCAGCAGAACACUUGACCUUAACAGUCUCUUCUGGUCUUUGGAUUAGGAAAGGCUUAAGUUAGCUUAAUUUAAGAGCAACCUCAGAGACUUGAGCCCUUCUAAGUGAGUGACCACUGUUCAGAGUUCGUUUAUUUCUAUGUCUGUCACAGUUCACACAGUUUUGGUUUAUGUCCAGAGCUGCCCAAAGGAACUAGACAGAUUUCCUCUCACUGGUCAGGUGAUGCGUCUCACAAGUAUUAAUCGUAUGCCCUUCUGGUCUUUCAUUUUCCUAUUCCAGUGGUAUUUGAGUUCUUGGGGUGAUAGGACUGAAGGAUUUCCAGUCAGCCACAGGCCUGGCAGCUCUGAAGCCAACCUUAGCAUCCAAGUGGCUCCCUUGAAUUCCUUGGGAAAAGUUCUGCAGGAAAGAAAGCUUCCCUGUCCCCACUCCUUUCUGGUCAGUGUCAUCUGUAUAGGACGGCAAUGAGGGAGGACUCAGACAAACUAUAAAGAAUUUUGUGACUAGAAGACAGCAGGGUUAGCUUUUUUCUCCAAAUGUGUUCAGUUAUGAGUUUGCCUUUUUGGAUAUAUUUCAUAAGAGUCCUGUACCUUUGUUCUUUAUGCCUUGGAUUCAUGUCUUGGGUUUGGAGUUUGAAUGAGUUACUUCAGAUCACCAUUUGAGUUGCAGCCCUUGGUUUUAGCUGCAACUUGAGUCUCAGUACUUGAGUAUUGGGUUAGGCACCGGAACAGCAGUGGCCUGAGGCUCAAGCAGAGGACGCUCCCCCACUUUUAAGAAUGACUUCCUGUAGCCUUAGCUUUGGGGACCACCUGCCAGGGACACCGGACACCCUGUUAGUUGGGCUCCUGCCAGUGGCUCUGGUUUCAUCCUUCCACGAUCCCCCCAAGCCCGAGGACUCUGGCGACAGAGGGAUGAGAAAGGAGGACUUGGUGCCUCCGUGUUGCCUUGCUCACUUGCCUGGUCACUGACGGGGAGGGGUUCCUGCUGCCACGCCUCAGUCCAUCCUCUCCGAGCCUCAGGAGGAAACCGUAGCUCCGGGGGCUGUUUCCUAAUGGUACUGUAAACCAAGCAGCUGUGCCUCUGCCUGUUUCGGAGCCUGCCCUUUCCCAGAGCUCAGGGCUGGGUGGGCACGUUCCUCUUUGGUUGUGUCUGAAAGAAAGGGACAUCUGAUUCUAAGGCUUACAGAAACAGGGGAAAGUCAAGAAACAGGAAGAAGUAUGUUGGGGGCUGGAGUAGAGUCCUCUGGAGCCACCCCUCCCAGGGCUCGUCACUGCUGGCUUGUGAUGCUAAACUUGAAAGUUUUUUUUUUUUGGUUUAUUUUUUUUCCCUCUUACAAGGUGAUAUAGGUACAUGAAGUUUAGGUUUAGAGGGUGGGAUGGGCACUUUUUAUUUUUGUAUUGUGUGUGUGAGAGAAAAAAAUGACCUUGUUUAUUCUUUGCUUUUUGCACUGUUUGUUGCUCUCUGUUUUCUGAGCUAGUGCUGGGAUUGAGGUUCUGCUGCUGGAAGUCUGAAUGGGCUGGAAAGGGGAUGAGUGACGGCGUAAGGGGUGGGAAAGGACGUGCUUGUUUCUUCUGCUGGAUCCAUAUUCUGCCCCAGGUGUUUAGAUCCCCCGAGCCCAGCUAGCCAAAUCCCAGAGCGAGUGGCCAAGAUGGAAACUCUCUUUGCCAGAGGCGUGACCAGUUGAAUUUCUGGACAGACCUUGCAGAGGUGGCUGCCAAGAUGGGCUGAGUCUGCAGUCUCGCCUGAUUGAGCACAAGGGCCUAACCUACCAUUUGGGGCCGUCACUUGUGCUGAUUGCAACAACGUGCCAGGAAACAUGUCUCCUACACCAGAUCCAUUUUUCUGAAAAAUCCCUACUAGUGAAUCCCUACUAGCUGCUGCUCAGUGGAUAGGCCUGGAGUUGUGGUGGCUGAAAGUUGGUUCUCUUGGAGUGUCAGUGGUACUAGAUUCUCCCGAGGAUGGAGGAACCAGCAAGGGGCACCCGUUGGUCUGCGUGUGUGAUCUUGUUCUCUCGUUCCCACUGUUUCCUAAGAGAUGGUGACCUAAAAGCGGGGGCUCGCUUUAAAGGUCACUGGGCUUUGAAGAGCUGCGGUCAAGGUUGAGUUCGAUCCACCUCUUCCUCUCUAUGCUUGGGAACAGCGUAAUCCAGUUUGAGAAUGGUGGUUUGACUUUGUUACCUUUUUUUGGAGAAGUUCUGUUUUAAGGAAUUUCUCUCCCUUCUCAGCCUGCCUCUACUUUUGCCCGAGAAGGCCUGGCCAUGACUUCGGGAAUUUCAGUUGAACUUCAGAAACAGCAGCAUUUCCUCCUUCCUAGCACUUAGAUUCCUUUUCCUGAAAAAUCGGCUCACCUUGGGAAGCCCAGGGAAAGAAUCAGCAGGUUCGCCUCCCCCGGGGGUCGGGGAAGAACUCAGCUCGGUCAGCACAGUGCCUUUUCUCUCCUGCUCUGAGCCAGGGUGGGCAUUCCUAGCAGAUUCAGGUCUGGGCAGGGGUCUUGCGGUCCUCCCUUGGGACUGCUUCCUAUCCUUUCCCCAUCCCCUUUGUUGGCCGGCUCUGUUCAAGUGUCUUCUGCCUCGCAUCCAGAGGCAACAUGCAGUUAUUUCCUCCAUGCCUCUCCAAAGACCCAGGAGGUGAGCUUUCCGAACCAAGAGACUAGGAAGUGCUCCAUUUAAGGGGGGUGUGGGGGAAGGAAUCGAGGUGGGAAGGGAGGGAAGGACAUGCUUUGGGCCUCCUGCUGUGACCCUGCGGAAGGAACCUGGGGAAGGCCAAAUGAUUUUGUGCUGAAACGGAACCAGAAACACCCAGAAUCUCUUCAGAAAUCUCAGAAGAAAUCUGCUUCUCUUUUAUGGAAAGAUAUAAUUAGGGAUCAAAGAGCUCUAAGAAAAUUGCGAAGAAGCUUCAAGUUCAAGCUUCUGAGAGAUCAGAGUCAUUUCUCCCUUUUAGUCCAAGAUCAGACUCUUUUGUCUUAGACCUCUCCUGGGACAAGAGGGCUAGAGUUCCUCGUUUUGUUACAGUACUAGAAUGGCACCGAUGGGUCAACUGCCCGGUGAGGGCGGGUUUUGUCUUUGUGCAUGGGUGGCUAGCUGCCCAUUGGCUUUGUCCUUCCCCAGCUGCCUUUUGGCCAGCCUUUCUUUAGGUUGCCAGUUCACUUUGAUAAGAGAAGAUAAUUUGGGGAUUGGCUGGGUUGGCAGGAAAAGAGCAGGAUGGGUCUCUGGGGACAGGUUCCUUCCCCCCCCUCAGUGUCCCCCACCCCCCGCCCUGAGUAUAAAUAUAAGGAGCCAAGAUUGUGCUGGCAGCCAGGGAAACAGUAGUGCCUGCUAGAGUUGGCAGAGAGGGCCUUGGCACCUCUCGCAUCCAGGCAGACUUGUGUGAUGGGGGGCACAUCGCACCAGGAAAAGCAGAACUCUGUUCUCACCUCUAUUUUGAGCUUCAGUGCUUUAUGACAGUAUGAGGAAAAACAACAACAAACUGAAGUGUGCUUUCCGUCCUUUCAAAGGACAACUGUCGGAAAAGGAGAGCUGAAUUUGCCAGGUGGGAGUAGAGAAUUGGCAGGGAGAGACGUUAUGGCAAAUCCAGGAGUGAGAGACAUUCUUGACUAGUAGGCUCUCUGCCCUGGUAUGUCAUGGUCCAGGGAAUGAAAAGAAAUUGGACCCUGGAUUAGAUCGCUCCUUUGAUUUUCGUCCCAGCACAGUCUCCCACGCUAGCACCCUUUGGAGCUCAGGGCAGCCUCUUCAAUCAUCGGCCUGAUCUUGACUUGCCAAGAAACCAAGACUGCCCCUCCACGUUGGGCCUGGCUGCUCUGUCCUGUACCAAAUCCUGGAGAAUAGUGUCAAGUGCUUGCGACUCCCACCCUAGAUUCCCGUCUUCUCCCUGCGGAGGCCAGUUGAACUCCUUCUCUGUAACCACACAUGUACAGCAGCACAGUGAGAUGUAACUGAGGAGCUUGGACCUGGUUGGCCCGGUGAAGCAGUAGGGGUGGAUAGAGCUGUCUUUCCUUCUGGGCUGUCUCCAUCUGUCCCUACCCCUUCCACGACCCCACCCUAUUCCCACCAAAAAGUUAAAAAAAAAUCAGGAUGUUUUUCACUGUCCAUUGCUUUGUGUUUUAAUAAACAAUUUGCAGUGACACUCUGUGUUGGGAUUGAGUUUGAACUCGAUUGCAAAGCAGCGAAGUGAUGGGGUGGCAGAAGGGAGGCCUCGGUGUGUCUCUUUAAUGGGUUCCCCUUGAGAAAGCUAGGAGCUUCUAUUCAUGCAGCCUCGUAUCUCCUGCUUUUCUUUCCACUGGGAUAUUUGUUUGAUGAAGUUCUGUAAUACCCCUGCCUGGCCCUUUGAGCCAGCAGAUCAUUCAAGGAAAAAUAAACAGUUUCUUUUGUUUGUUUCCA